AUGGCUUAUCCAUUGGCAUCUUUCUUUUGUCCAAUCACUCAUGAACUCAUGACAGAUCCAGUCAUUGAUUCCGAUGGUAACAGUGACGAAAAACAUGCAAUUGAAGAUUGGAUUCGUAAAAAUGGUACAUCACCAAUAACUCGUAGCCCUCUUUCUAUUGAUGUCUUUCAUCCAAACAGAGCUCUUAAAAUAGCUAUUGAUGAAUAUGGACACUCCAUUCAACCAGAAAUUCACUCAACUUCUUCUCUCACGAAAACACGCUUGUCUGAAAUCAAAAUAACUGGAAAUCAUGCUAAUGGUUUUGUUCACAUCUCAAUUCAGCCUCCACAAAAUGAAAAUCGUUCUUUAUGUGAUAUUUGUUGUGUAGUUGACACUUCAGGUUCAAUGUCAGAUAUGGCAGAAAUUCAAAAUGAUAAAAAUGAACAAUAUGGUUUAUCACAGUUAGAUUUGGUUAAACAUGCCAUAAAGACAAUCGUACAUUCUCUUCAAGAACAAGAUCGACUAUCGAUUGUAUCAUUUUCUAAUAAUGCUAGAAUCUUGUUUAAAUUAACAAAUAUGAAUGACGAAGGAAAAACAAAUGCCUUGGCUGCCAUCGAAAACUUAUCGAGUGAUGGUUCAACAAAUUUAUGGGAUGGUCUUCGAACUGGUCUUGAAAUUUUAUCGAAAGAACAACGUUCUACUGGAAGCAUUUCAGUUUUGUUUCUUUUGACCGAUGGUUGUCCUAACGUAGAACCGCCAGGUGGUCACUUGAAAUCACUUGAAAAACUUAAGCAAGAAACUAAUUUUACAUGUGUUGUUAAUACUUUUGGUUUUGGAUAUAAAUUGAACAGCAAACUUCUUGAAGAUAUUUCUAUAUUAGGAAAUUCUGGCUCAUAUGCAUUUAUUCCCGAUGGAUCAUUUGUAGGAACAAUCUUUAUUAAUGCCAUUUCGACGCUGUUAAGUACAGUCGCAACCAAUGUGCAGUUGUUGCUUCAUGAAGAGCAAAUUUUACCUACUGCUUAUACACGUUGGUAUUCGACGAAAAGCACUAAUGAAGGUACCUAUUUUGAUUUGGGCUCGAUUACAUAUGGUCAAAGCAAAGAUUUACUGAUUCCACUUGCUCCGAAAUCUAUUAGUAAAUGUAAAUUCACGCUGACUUAUGAUAACCUAGACAACAUGAAGAAAUCUGUGACCUUCAAUUUGAAAAAUAAUCUUCAACAAGCUGAUCUUCAUCUCAUAACUCGACAUAAAUUUCGACUAGAAUUUGUCCAUUGUGUACGAACAGCAUUAGAACAAAUGUGUGAAGUAAAAACAAAAUCAAGAAAUACACAAGAGCAACAUAAAGCAGCAAUGAAUCAGAUCAACACAUUAGAGAAGAAUAUGAGAAAAUAUGCAGAUAUAAAUGAUGAAUUUAUAAAAGAUUUAUUGACAGACUUAACAGGACAAGUACGCCAAGCUAUUGAAAAAGAAGAUUGGUUUCAUAAAUGGGGCAUACACUUUUUACCUAGUUUAACACGUAAGUUUGAUUAUAUAAAUAUGUGA